AUGGCCGUUAAACAGUUCACACAAGUGUCCCUGCUGGAUAGCAAGCCACCAGAGUCUUCGGGAAGUGCUAUUCCUAUUAGCCAAACGAAUCAAGCUACACGAGUUCAAGCGUAUGAAUUGUAUCAAUCGCGGCUGGGAGAUUUAUCUCGGGGUGCUGAGCGCUCUCUAGCAACGUGUCACCCUUUCAGUCCCCAUCCCUUGAACCUAGCCGCCAAUACCCUUCAAGAACUUCGUCAACUGCAUGAAGCUCUAGAUGUCGCUAUCACGAAUAUAGUGGAUAGGUGGUGGACGGACAAGGAAGCUGAUCUACCAUCGCGAAUGCCACUGGAACCCCAGGAGGUGGAGGUACUUCAAUGGAUUCAAGCUAAAACAGAGAAAGGGGAGAUGCCACCCUUUUUAUCCCACAAAGGCGUUUGGAGGCCGGAUUUCCUCUUGGAUCGGGUAGAGGAUGAGACUGGGCACGAGAAGACUCAAGCGCGAAUUUGUGAGAUAAACGCGCGAUUCGCCUUUAAUAUGCUUCUGCAUAGUAUGUAUGGCCACCAGGCUCUUAUAGACCUUGGUGCCCAGGAAAGGGGGCUUACUCCCGCUGCGAAUCCGGAAAAUAUCCAAGAUUCUCUGUUCAAGCUCUUCGACACUAGAAAGCCAGUCCACAUACUCAAAGCCAGUGAGGACACUUUCACGCUGAACCUUUUGCCACCUCUCAUGGCCGAGCAAACCGGCAUCACGCCUCGAGCAAUCAGCCCCUCAGACCUGAAACUACGUCCGAACCCAAACUCCAAAACGGGAUACGACCUACUUUGUCGCAAAACACAAGGUGGAACCAGUGUCUGCCAAGAAGACGAAGGCUUCGAGCAAAUCCACCACAUAUUUAUCCACCUAAACCAGAAGGAAAUCAGCAGUAUCCCAAUCCCAAUGCUCCAACACAUCGCCCUGCGCUCUAUCAAUGACUUUCGAAGCAUAUUUUUUGCGCACGAUAAGCGCAUGCUGGGAAUUAUCCGUGAAGAGCUCGAUGAUCUAGUUUACAAACAUGAGGUCCUGACGCCAAGCCAAGCCAAUAUUCUUCGAGAGGGAAUUGUAUAUACCCUUAUCCCGGGAUCUAAGGAGAUCAACAGAUUGAUUAAGCAAUCGGAGGACUCAAAUUUCAUCAAAGAUAAAUAUAUCAUUAAGCCCAUUCGAUUGGGUCAAACGGAGGGUAUUAUCUUUGGAGAUGAUUUGACACCGGAGGAGUGGAUGUCUACGCUGAGAUCUCUCUUAGAUCCUGAACUGCCGAUCCAGUCGCAGUCUAUUAUACAAAGUAGAAUUGAACAGCCGAUAUUUGAUCUGUUCGUUGGGGAGGAACAAGGUGUGCAGCCUACUCAUAUUGUUGGGUGUUAUCAUGCGAUUGAUGGUCGAUUUGGGGGAAUUGGUGUUUGGCGGACUGGUUCUGGGAAGCUUUGCUCUUUUGAUAAUGGGGGGAUGUGGAUUGCUUCUGUUAUUCCAUUGCUUAAUUAG